AUGUCAGCAGAACCUUCGGCUUCAGACCUCGAAGAAUUCUUCAGGCUGAAUGUCAGCUUUGACCAUUCUCAGGGCCUAGUCCUCGAGACCAGAAAAUAUGCAGAUCGCGUGCGCAAAGUUCGCAAUGCGAUUAAGACCACGAAAUGGAAGAACACGAAAUGCAUCGGACGAGGUGCCUCUGGGACGGUUUGGCUGCAGAGUGAGGACGGCAGGUCGGCGAAUUGCCGCGCCGUGAAAGAGAUUGUGAAAGGGACCAGAUCAGUUCCUCUGCCCAUAGACUACAGGAAGGAAUUGGUAGCUCUAGGGAGGUUGUCAAAGAACGAUGAUGUGUUCGUCAACUUCUUCGGCUGGUACGAGAGUUUGGAUGCCGUGUAUCUUGCCAUGGAAUACUUCGAGCAUGGCGAUCUUGCCCAAAACCUUGACGCCAAGAUAGCAGAACCUGAUGCGAGAAUCAUAGCCAAACAGUUGUUGGAGGGCCUCACGCUGCUCCAUUCUCAAGAAUGGGCCCAUCGCGACCUGAAGCCUCAGAACAUCUUUGUGGUUGAGAAACGUCCUUGGUGGGUCAAGAUUGGUGAUUUUGGGAUCAGUAAACGUAUUCACGAUGGCAUGACAAGAUUUCACACAACUAUUGGUACACCUGAUUAUAUAGCGCCGGAGGUUCUACACCUUCUUGACGAGGAAGACGACGAUAACAGUAGUGGUGAAGACGAUGAAACGUACACGGUCGCCGUUGACAUGUGGAGUCUUGGAUGUGUCCUUUACCAGAUCAUGACUCUCGAACUUCCAUUCGCAAAUAGGAGGAAAUUGAAAUCAUAUUGCCGCGCUAAGCACCAAAAGUUCCCAAAAUCAGCACUGGAAAAGAAUGAUGCGAGUACCAGUGGUAUUGAAUAUAUCCAGGCUUUGCUCGAACCACAUCCCUCUCAACGAAUGUCAGCCCAAACAGCCCUUCAACUCCCAUGGGCUGCUCAAGCAGAGGAUCAUAUAAGUGAUCAGCGACGGUCGAUUGACUCACUGCAGCACAGCGACCUAACACGUGAAGAGCAAAAUGAUCAAUUUUCUAUUUAUGAGAAGGCCACCAUGUCUCAGGCUCAAUUCGCCCCAAUCACACCACCUUUAACACUUGAAGGAACAGACCUUGCACAGCUUUCACCGUCGACGCCGAUGGCUGAUACCUCGACCCACCAGAGUCAAGUAUCGUCUGAAGCUGUGACAAUCUCAACGCAGCUACAAGGCCCAACACCAAGUCGAACGCCAACUUCAGAGAGCGAUACAAGGACCAGCCAAAAGAUCCAAGCUGAGCUCAGGGCACUAGAAAAGCCUCGAUAUUUAGAGUCUCCGGACUCCAAGGACGCACCAAGAGCGAUUGCUUCGGAAGAACUAGCACACCCUAAUACAUCAGCAAACGAGCUACAAGAAGCGAGCCCGCUAGAAUCACGUCUACAAGGUAACGAUUUUGAAUUUAUCCGGGGGUCAGCCCCGCCAUCUGGGGUACCUCUCAGUCGGGAAACCAAGGCCAUAGAAUUAGCUGAUAGGAGCCCUGCUACUCACGACGUUGGGAACGCAAAACUCGGAUUUAGUACAAAUGCCAGCGAUAGGAUGGUAUCCCCCACCAACAAUUCAGACCCUUUACCGAAAGUCGAUGCUAGGUACGCAUUGCACGACAUUGGGAAAACAGCAGAGCAACGGCCGUACUCUAAACUUACCCAAGCAGCACAUGGCUACCCACUGGAAGAAUCCCUCCUGGGUGCCCCCUCUUCUGCACGGAAAGAAGCAAGCGGAAAUUCAAUUCCUGUGAUUCACAUUGAUGAUGUUUCAAGCUCCCAAAGUCAAGAGAUCAUGGCGCGAGCAGCGUCCAUGGAGCAAAUAAAUAGUCCACCCGAAGCUCCGUUGGGCGCUGGCGAGACGCCGAAGCCUGACAGGUCGGACUCCCAAACCAUGAUAGCAAAUAGAUUACCAUCAGAAAGCAAUCUUAUCGAUAUUCAUCAUGAUACAAGAGGCUCUGACGCUCAGGGUGAACGUGAGCAUAGAAGGGGAGAUGUUGAUCAGAGUACGCCCAGAGCGAAGCGCGACGAAUCCAAAGGUCAAGAGAGCCCACGAGCUGAGGAGUUGCCAACGUCAUUUCCACCUCGGCUUCCACUAGAUGCUCCGACUGCAGUCACGUCUUCUGGGCAUUUUCAUGACGAGCCUGCUACUUACCGAAUGCCAGGAUCCUGGAGUGAUCUGCCCAUAUUUCCAAAUGAACCUGAUGAUCGCCCUAAAAGCCCUCUCCGACCUACACAAUCGGAGAACGAAGGCCCGUCAGAGUUGUUCGAUGAGGCAAGCAUACGAGAUCUGCAAUUGAGGUCAAAACAGGUUCCUGAUCUUGAAAAGGGUUUGCCACUUAGGGAUGGUCGCCAGCAAGCGGAUACCGCUACAUCAGGUAACGAGACCUCAAUCUUAUCUUCGUCAGGGAUCAAGCAGGCCGUAAAGACAAAUAUUACAACAUCGGUCAAAUCAGGAGAUCUGAUGAUGUUUAAACCCGGGAGCGGCAAUUCGGAAACCCACUCCUUCAGGCUCGUAAAUAAUAAGCUUUUAUAUCCACUUGGCGCCAUCGAUAUCGAGAAAGCCGAGAUAUUAACCGAGCAAGCUGGACAGCAUCCCGAACGUCGCUUCAGAAUUUUAGCAGUAGGGAAUGCUCUGGCUCACGUGUUCGAAGCCCCAAGUGAAAUUGAAAAAUCCAGUUGGAUUGACUCUUUAGCAAAAUGCGAAGGCGUCACGUACCCAAUAAUCCAAGCAAGUUUGCAACAGGACCUUGUUGAGAAGGCAAAGGCGAUUUAUUCUCCUCUCGAACAUCAAAAGCCUCUGAAGACCGGCUGGCUCUAUAUCUUGAUACCAGGGGAUAGCGAGUUAGGAAGAAGAUCGCAUUUCAAGCUCUUCCGAGGUCAUCUUUUUUAUUUUAAUCUCUCAGAUGGGCAUCUGGCCGGCUCAGUUCCCCUAUCAGGGUCUGUCAUGGGGUACGCAGAAAGGCAGUUCACAUCAGCUGCUGUUACCCCAUCAGAUCUGAAUGCUGCAACCGCUACAAAAGUCACAGAUCUUGGGUUCUUUAUUACCCAAUCGAAUGGAGGAAAGAUCUGUCUAUGCUCAGGUAGCGCUGAAGGUGACUUCGACUGGAUGGAAGCUCUCCUCUGCAGGCGUUCUAGCAGGCCCUCUGAUAGCGUCCAUUGGCAGGAGCCUGCUGAUAGAUGUCAAGCAUUCAUCGCCAGAUACAACAAUGAUACGAGCGCGGUAAUGUCACGACCUAAAACUGAGUCGGUGCAAAAAUGCAUCGUAAAAUCAAAGGACGGACACCUUUGGGCAUGCGACGACAGUCGUGGUAUCUACUGGCACCAAAGCUCUUAUACUGUCCAAAUACAAGCCUCUCAGCUUGUCUCAACUGUAAAUGAUCAGCCAAUUAACAGCGAAUCGAUAAGAGGAGCUGUCAUUUGGUGUUGCAACAAUCUCGAAAGCUUGCUCUUCGCAGUAGACCUUCCAGGGCACUCACGAUUCUUUGCUACUUGGGAUUCCGUGCACGCGACCGCUUUUCGACACGCAUUUGCAAGAGCUGGGGGUAUGAUAGCCUUGGAUUCAGGUCCCUGCGCCGGCCUGGACAAAUCCUCACCUAUUUUCGAGAAUCUUGCAGGGGGUGUCAGUAUGUCCAAAAUGACCUGGAUAGAGGAAAGAUCGAUACUCAGAGAUGGCGGAGAGGCCGCCACUUUGCCCACAAUAUCUUUCAGGGUUGAAUCAACAGGAGUCUGGGAUCGCGGAAGACGGAUCCGGAGGAAAGUCCUAAAGGAGGGAUAUCUAAAUCAAGUCAGCCGAACUCAAGGGGGCGAUUUGAGAGGCUAUUAUGAACUCGUCGGGCCGUUCCUUAUAUGCCACGACCAAGCAGGACCUCGACGCAAAACGCGGGAUAUCUUCUAUUUGAACGCUGCCAAUUACGAGUACAAGAUCCAAGCCGAAGCGAUGACUGCCCAUCACUUAUCGAACGGACUGGAUCUAGAAAUAAGAGUAAGAGCUAUAUCCCGAUUCAACAGAGCGAAACCCUUUCUGAAUCGCUCGGUUGAGAUCACCUUGAAAACGCAGAGCCCCGAGGAACGUGAAAGUUGGCGGAGAUGGCUGCAGUUCGCUGUCAACCUCUCUCAGGAGGUCUCAUGCGCACCGGUCGAGGCCCUUUGGCCUACAUUGGGUGUCAGCCUCUUGCCUCCUGACACCAAAUUAGAGGAUCUACGUGCCCUGUUCUCUGCUCAAUCGGGUUUCAAGCACUUAUACUUCAACGAUGCGGUAUAUCCACAAGAGUGCAUUGUUGAAUUCAAGACAACUAGAAAGGCAACUGCGGCUUGCGCUAAACUCCAGAAGCCCAAGCGUUACCGCGGUAUUACCAACGACAUGAGCAUAAAUCCCGUGAUCCAAUGUGAUGAUCGAUGCGGCCCCGAGACGAGCCCGCAGUAUGUGUAUGCGGAUAAGAAAAAGUCCUUGUUUGAUCGGCUGAAUCCGGUCAAGAAAUGA